ACGCAGCAGUGCCUGUGGGCUAACCUAGCUAGCAGAUGAGUGUUAGCAGUUAGCUUCACUCCAGACCUGUGGCGAUGCGAUGCUACAGCCAAAGUGUCUUCACCCCCCCACACAGGGAACCUGUUGGAUUUAUAACCUCAUGGAAAAGCUGAAGAUCUUCACAGUGUAGAAGAGAACGACUGCAGCGAAAGACAAACGCCAACAGUGGACAGGAGAGAAAGUAAACUUGUGAUAGAAGUUCACCAGCAUCAGGAUAUGAGGUGUUCAUCUGCUGUGACCUCCAUCAGAUGACUUCCCUGUAAAGUGCAGCCUGCAGGAGUUUGGAUCCCUGGGAGAUACCUGCACGGGCCGACGUCAUGGCGAGUGCCUUGGCUUCCAAGCUGGGAUUCAACUCGCUGGUGAGGAAACAAAGCAAGAACUUCAACGUGAGGAUCUGCACGAUGGAGUCAGACAUGGAGUUCAGCUGCGAGUCCAAGUGGAAAGGAAAAGACCUGUUUGACAUGGUAUGCCGAGCUCUGGGACUGAGGGAGACAUGGUUCUUUGGGCUCCAGUACAACAUCAAGGACACCGUUGCUUGGCUGAAGAUGGAAAAGAGGGUUCUGGAUCAGGAGGUGCCAAAGGAGGAACCAAUUACCCUCCACUUCCUGGCAAAGUUUUACCCUGAAAACGCAGAGGAGGAGCUGGUGCAAGAUAUUACACAGCAUCUCUUCUUCUUACAAGUAAAGAGGAGGAUCCUGGAGGAGGAGAUCCACUGUCCGCCCGAGGCCUCCGUCCUCCUGGCGUCCUACGCUGUCCACGCCAAGUACGGAGACUACGAGCCCAAUGUUCACAAACCUGGCUUCCUGGCUGAGGAGGAACUUCUGCCGAAGAGAGUGAUUAACUUGUACCAGAUGACUGCAGAGAUGUGGGAGGAGAGGAUCACAGCGUGCUAUGCGGAGCACAGGGGCCGGACAAGGGAUGAAGCCGAGAUGGAGUAUUUAAAAAUAGCUCAGGACCUGGACAUGUAUGGCGUCAAUUACUUUUUAAUCAGGAAUAAGAAGGGAACAGAUCUCCUCCUGGGAGUGGACGCCCUGGGCCUGCACAUCUACGAGCCGGACAACAGACUGACGCCCAAGUGCUCCUUCCCCUGGAAUGAGAUCCGCAACAUCUCCUACAGCGACAAGGAGUUUACCAUCAAACCUCUGGACAAAAAGACCAAUGUUUUCAAGUUCAACUCUUCUCGGCUGAGAGUCAACAAAUUGAUCCUUCAGCUGUGUAUCGGGAACCAUGACCUGUUUAUCCGCCGGCGACGGGUCGACUCGCUUGAAGUGCAGCAGAUGAGGGCCCAGGCCAGAGAGGAGAGGGCCAGGAAACAGGUGGAGAGGCAGCGUCUGCAAAGGGAGAAGCAGCUGCGGGAGGAGGCAGAGAGAGCCAGGGACGAGCUGGAGAGGAGACUGAUGCAGCUGCAGGAUGAGGCUCACAUGGCCAACGAUGCCCUGCUGCGCUCGGAGCAGACGGCCGACCUGCUGGCGGAGAAGGCCCAGAUCGCGGAGGAGGAGGCCAAGCUGCUGUCCCAGAAAGCUGCCGAGGCUGUGACAGAGAUGCAGCGCAUCAAAGUCAGUGCCAUCCGCGGUCAGGAGGAGCGGCGGCUCAUGGAGCAGAAGAUGCUGGAGGCGGAGAUGCUGGCUCUCAAGAUGGCUGAGGAGUCGGAGAGGAGGGCCAAGGAGGCAGAGCAGCUGAAACAGGACCUGCAGGAAGCCCGGGAGUCGGAGCGCAGGGCAAAGCACAAGCUGCUGGAGAUCACCACCAAGGCUGUGUACACGUCCCCGGGACUCCCGGCCGACAGCUUGCCUCGCGAUCUGAGCUUCAGCAGAGAGAACCUCAGCUUCGACUUUAAAGACACGGACAUGAAACGCCUCUCCAUGGAGAUCGAGAAAGAGAAGGUGGAGUACAUGGAGAAGAGCAAGCACCUGCAGGAGCAGCUGAACGAGCUGAAGACGGAGAUUGAAAGCCUGAAGCUGAAAGAGAGAGAGACUCCUCUGGACAUCAUUCACAACCAGAACGCAGAGCAGGGGACGAGCAAGCAGAGCAACUUAAAAAAGCUCACACUGCAGAGCACCAAGACCAGAGUGGCUUUCUUCGAGGAGCUUUAAACCACGUGAAGGUAAAGGACGCACAAACAGCCGUGAACCUCUCGUUUCUACAUUCCUGCUCAGUGACGACACCACGAGGCCUCAUGUCUCAUCACUUACUGGGAACCACUUUGAACCACUAUGAACAAAAACCUGACCACUGCCUUGAUAUGCUCAUGCAUAUUAUGUCUUGUACUAAAUCUGGGAUUUCUAUUUUUUUGUGUGUGAAAUACAGAACAUUCCCUCUUUUUUAAAUUUUGAAGUGAACUCCACUGUGGGUUUUAUCAGCGUUGGAGAAUAACAAAGGUAGACAAUGAAAAGAAGGAAACGAACAAAAAAGAAGAAGUGGUGUGAUAUGAUCUUUGGCGGCUCUUGUUGCACUCCAGGGCCGAACCAGACAGUAUUUGUGGAGCAGUUAUUGUAUCGUGUUCAAACAGGCUGACCUACAUUCACUGAUCCGCUGGUUUUUAAAAUUCAAACAGAAAACGAGCCACGGAGGGAUGAAGUCGAGCAGGAGAGAGAAUCCUAUCGCUGGAAACUCUGACCCAUUUGCAGUAUGUACAGAUAAAUACCCCUCGACUUCCUUCUUCCUUAAAAAACUGAUCAUUUAUCGUAUUCUGAGUUAUUCAAGAUGCCAACGAUUUCUGUCUUUGCUUAACAACCUCACUCUGACUUGGUUAUUCUUGUGUCAGUGGAAUUCAGUGCAUUUCUUUUGCCCUCGUACAUUUUAAGAGCCAUUUUUUUAUUUGCUGGAUGUGGUGAGAUGUAAGCACAGUGUUAUACAGGAGGCCCGAGGACGUUAUGUGUACAUCUGGAUUACACAGAGAAGUCAUGUUACACGUCUGUCGCUGCCUCCGGCUCGAAAAGUGAAGAGACGACCAUUUGUUGUUAUUCGUUGUUUCGUAGAAUCUGAACUGGAUGAAGGAACUGGGAUCUUUUAGUUUUGGUAGAUGUGAGCUUAUGUCACAUCGAUCUCAUUUUAUUACGUGAAACAAACCACUAUUUAGCGAAUCAUGAAUUUGCAUCUAUUUUGAUUUAAUGUGUCUUUCUUGACUUGAUGUGCUCUCUCCGUUUUUAAAGCAAUUUCUUUUUGGGGAAUUGUAAUGUGAAGACAUUUUAUAUUUUUCUCUUUGUCUACAUUUAACCCGAAUAGGAAGCAGUAUUUAAAAUACAACCUGUGGUGAAGUUACAUUUUUCUACGUGAACAUUGUGACAGAUGUGUUUGUUCCUCCUGUAAAAUAAAUGAAUAUCAGGUCUGA